CGCUCCUCCUGGCGGCCAUGAGGGGAGGAGGAGGAGGAAGGAGCGGGGCGGCCAUGAGGCGGGCAACGCCGCUAGUGUUGGUGCUGAUGAUGGUGGGGAGGGGGAUGGUGGUUGUGGCUGCGAGCCGAGCCGGCGCCUCGACCCCGGAGGUGCAGAGCUUGCGGGGGAAAUGGCGUCUGUGGAACGGGAACGGCUCGGUGGUGCUCGGAGGGGAGGUGCCGGGCUGCGUGCACACAGCCCUGCAGCGCCAGGGCCUCAUCCAGGAUCCAUACUACAGAUUUAAUGAUGUGAUGUACAGGUGGAUCUCACUGGAUAACUGGACUUACAGCAGGACAUUCAAUACUCCUUUUGACAUCAGAAAGUGGCAGAAAGUGAAUUUGGUUUUUGAAGGAGUAGAUACAGUAGCACAGAUCCGGAUGAACAACAUCACUCUUGGGAGAACAGACAACAUGUUCAUCAGAUAUAGCUUUGAUAUCAGCAGCCUGAUCAGGGAGGUCAAUGUUGUCGAAGUGCAUUUCUCAUCAGCCAUUUCCUACGCAGCAGAGCAGAGCAGGAGUCACAAAGGAUACAGCAUCCCCCCAGCGUGCCCUCCACCUGUGCAGCAAGGAGAGUGCCAUGUGAAUUUCAUCAGAAAGGAGCAGUGUUCAUUUAGCUGGGACUGGGGGCCUUCUUUUCCCACUCAAGGAAUCUGGAAAGAUGUUAGGAUUGAAGCCUAUAACCAUUAUCACCUGAUUUACUUUUCUUCAACUCCUUUCUUUGAAAAGAGUGCUCAGCAGUGGAGUCUUGAAAUCAAGGCUACUUUUGAUGCAGUCAGCUCCAAGCCAGUUGCAGGCCUGGUGACUGUGAGCAUUCCCAAACUGCAAACACAGCAAACAUUUGGUGUGAAACUUCAACCUGGAGAAGGCAGCAUUGUGCUGCUUGUAAACAUCAACAAGAGUGCCACAGUGGAGGCUUGGUGGCCAAAUGGACAUGGAAAGCAAACUGGAUACAACAUGACUACAACUUUCUCCAUGGAGGCAGGAUACCAGAUUGAGAAGUUUUCAAAGGCCUAUUUUCGGACAGUAGAACUUGUUCAGGAGCCUAUUCCUGGCUCACCAGGUCUGAGUUUCUACUUCAGAAUCAAUGGCCGACCCAUUUUCCUUAAGGGCUCAAACUGGAUUCCAGCAGAUUCUUUCCAGGACAGAGUGACCCCUGACAUAUUAUGGCUGCUCCUAAAGUCUGCAGCAGAUGCUAACAUGAAUGCACUGCGGGUGUGGGGAGGAGGAAUAUAUGAACAAGAUGAAUUUUAUGAUAUUUGUGAUGAACUGGGAAUAAUGAUUUGGCAGGAUUUUAUGUUUGCAUGUGCUCUGUAUCCAACUGACCAGAGUUAUUUAGAAUCUGUAAGAGCAGAAGUUUCUCAUCAGGUGAGGCGUUUAAAAUCCCAUCCAUCAAUUAUUCUGUGGAGUGGUAACAAUGAAAAUGAAGCAGCAAUUGCAAGCAACUGGUUCUCCAUACCUGCUGCUGACAAAGAACUCUAUAUCAAGGACUACAUAAUGCUUUAUGUGGAGAACAUCAGAGAAUUAGUUCUUAAUGAAGAUCAGAGUCGUCCUUUUGUUGCAUCCAGUCCCACCAAUGGCUUGGAGACAAUUAGAGAGGGUUGGGUCUCUCAGGACCCUUAUGACACCCAUUAUGGGGACACUCACUUCUAUGACUACCAGAGUGACUGCUGGAGCUGGACAGUGUACCCCAAAACUCGUUUUGCUUCAGAAUAUGGAUUUCAGUCCUGGCCUUCCUUCAGCACCAUUGAAAAGGUUUCCUCCACUGAGGACUGGUCCUACACAAGCAAUUUCUCUCUGCAUCGACAGCACCAUGAACAUGGCAAUGAUCAGAUGCUUCAACAAAUUGAGCACCAUUUCAAGCUCCCCCAGGGCACAGAUCCCAUUAAGAAGUUCAGAGAUAUGAUUUACCUCACUCAGGUGAUGCAGGCUCAGUGCAUAAAGACAGAAACUGAGUUCUAUCGAUUGAGCCAAAGUGAAAUAAUCAAGGGAGAAGGACACACAAUGGGAGCUCUCUACUGGCAGCUCAAUGACAUCUGGCAGGCACCUUCCUGGGCUUCCCUGGAGUAUGGUGGUAAGUGGAAACUGCUCCACUACUUUGCCCAGAACUUCUUUGCACCACUGCUCCCUGUGGCCUAUGAAGACAAAGGUGUGUUGUACAUUUAUGCCAUCUCAGAUCUUCAUGGGGACCACACGCUGACUUUGAGGGUUGUUGUGCACACCUGGAGUUCUUUGGAGCCAGUCUGCACCCUUGCCAAAGAAGGUGUGACUGUUAAAGCACAAAGUGCUGUCCCCAUCUACAAGGAGUCCAUAAAUGACUUGCUGGAAAGAUGCAGAAGCUGUACCAGGGAAAGCUGUGUUAUUACUUUCUGUCUUGUGGGAGAAGGUGAACUGCAGAGUCCUGUGAACCAUCACUUCCUUUCAUCUCUAAAGGAUGCUGUGGGAUUAGAAAAGAUUCAGCUUAAUGCCUCUGUAUCCCAACAAGAUGACAUUUAUGAAUUUGUUCUUCAGACCACUGGAAUUGCUCCUUUUGUUUCUCUGGAUGUAGGGAGCAUAAAAGGCAGAUUUAGUGAUAAUGGCUUCCUGAUGACUGAAAAGAAAAAAGUGGUUGUAUUUUACCCUUGGGAACCCACCAGUGUUCAAGACCUAGAAAAGUCACUAACCUUGACCUCUCUGCUGGACAUUGUCUGAGGAUGCAUCAUUUCCUUCUAGAUAAGGAGUGAAACAAAGAGAGGAAAAACUUAAGAGGAAUUUGAGUAAAGUUGAAGUGAUGCACAAUUUGAGCUGACUGGAGAACGUGCUGUCUGUUCCUAUCAUGUGUGGUUUUUAACUGCUGGUUCAAUGUAAAGGUACCAACAGCAAACCUGGUGUCUGAUCUGUGUGGUGCAAUGAAAGUGAGGCUUUCUCAGUAGGUGCAUAGUGCAGGGGCUGCUGUUCUCACUCCAGACAUUGCUGCUUGGCCAUUCUCUUAACUCCUGGCAUUCCUCAU